UUGACGUUGCUCUGUCAGCUGAUUCUGUUUACCAAUAAUUUCACUUAUUUUCAUUACAAGUAAUUUGUAUUUGUAAGAAUUGUGCCAAAAAAUAUCACGAACAAAAUGUUUGGUAGCCUACGCAAGAAAUUGAAUAACGUUAUUCAGGAGGGAUUUAUCAUCACAGAAAACUUACAGCAACAGUAUCGACAAAGCCAAACGUCCUCCGCCAGUAGUAAUGCUACUACGCCCACUUUAGAUGAAAGUAUACACAGCAAUCGCAGUUCCAGCUCUUUUGGUGGGCAACUGUCGGGAAGUGAUUUGAUACUACCCGGAGAUGUCAAUAUGGCGGCUGGUUGUAAUUUACUUGCGAAAUACGAAGAUGCAUGGAAAUUAAUACAUGACGCCAAUGAGAAUAAUGCAUUGAAAGCGGCGCAGGUUGCCAAACAAAUUGAACGAAUUGGACAAAGCACAAAUGUGCUACAUACCGAUAUGACUGAUUUGGCAACUUGCUUAGCCGGCAUACCUGCGUUGGUGGCGAAAUUACACGAAAGCUUAGAAACAUUACAAAAUGUUAAUAAAUUAAGCGCGACGGUGGAAACAGAGUUAGAUCGUUUGGAGGACUUGUGUGAGGAGUGUGAACUGCAAGAGUUUAUGCUAAAUAAGCAAUGUGAAUUAUCACAAUUUCAACAAAAGAAAAUGGUUGAAUUAGAAUCAUAUCGACAGAGUGUUGCUGCAAAGCAUCAAGAGAAGAUCAGACAACAUGAACAAAACUUACGGCGCAUACAACGCGAAAGGCAAGCAGUAUUUGAUGAUGCAUUCCGUGGCGAUUUGGCUGAGUUCAAGUCGAAGGGUGCGCUAACCAAAAUUCAAAAGGAAGAGCCAUCACUGCCAGUUGCACUCGAGGAAGUUGUUUUGGAGGACACCACCACCAAAGAUGCUCUCGAAGAUUUUCUCAAUGGAUAACGAACCAUAUUGCUAUGUACAUAGUUAUUAUAGUGCAUAUGCAUAGAACAAUUUCAUUGAAAUUAGUGCCUUACGUACAUAGUUUAAUAUUUUGCUCAUUUAUAUGCGUAUUAUUAAUAUUAUAUGCAGUUUUUGCAUUUCACAUUUACAAAAUACUAAUUAUUGUAAUAAGAUAAAUAAAAUUUUCGACAAUUAUUUAUUAUUGUAUUGAA